CAAUUCUGAAUACGUUACAUCCGGUGAAAUUGCACUCGCAGCAGCAGUAAUGGCAGCGUUUUCUGAAAUGGGCGUUAUGCCUGAAAUCGCGCAGGCUGUGGAGGAGCUGGACUGGCUGCUACCUACUGACAUCCAGGCAGAGUCUAUUCCCCUGAUUCUUGGUGGAGGAGAUGUACUCAUGGCAGCAGAGACUGGUAGCGGUAAAACAGGGGCCUUCAGUAUCCCAGUGAUCCAGGUCGUGUAUGAGACCCUGAAGGAUCAGCAGGAGGGCAAGAAGGGCAGAGCCUCCAUCAAGACUGGAGGAGCUAUUUUCAACAAUUGGCAGAUGAAUCCUUAUGACCGCAGUGCCGCCUUUGCGAUUGGUCCAGAUGGUAUGUGCUGCCAGAGCAGGGAGUUUAAAGAGUGGCACGGCUGUCGCUCUACUAAAGGGGUCACCAAAGGGAAGUACUACUAUGAGGUGACCUGCCAUGACCAGGGUUUGUGUCGCAUUGGCUGGUCCACCAGUCUGGCCGCCCUGGACUUGGGAACUGAUAAGUACGGUUUUGGUUUUGGUGGGACUGGGAAGAAAUCCAACAACAAGCAGUUUGACAGCUAUGGAGAGGAGUUUACCAUGCAUGACACUAUUGGAUGCUACUUGGACCUAGACAAGGGCCAGAUUUCCUUCUCUAAAAAUGGCAAUGACCUGGGUGUGGCUUUUGAGAUCCCUCAAAAUGUGCAGACUCAGCCCUUCUUUGCCUCCUGUGUGCUCAAGAAUGCAGAGCUGAAGUUCAACUUUGGAGGAGAAGACUUUAAAAAUGCCCCUCGGAGUGGCUUCGUUGCCUUAGACCAGGCCUCAGAGGGCCACACAGUCAAAUCUACUCAAGCAGGCAGUGCCAAAGUGAGUCAGGCGAAAGCAUCCUCCAACGCACCCAAAUCACUGAUCCUGGAACCGUCGAAAGAAUUGGCCGAACAAACCCUCAACAAUGUCAAGCAGUGUGGGAAAUACGUGGAC